UUUUGUCACAAAAAUAACGAAACACUAUCACCAGCACCAGGUGCAGUUUCUUGCUCUUGCAACACUUUUUGUUUAUGAGAAAGGUCGAUAAGUACACCCUUUUACCCUCAGUAUUUUCUGAGAUGGAAAACGUAGGAAUUACAAUCUGUUGCUUUUACUCAGGAAAAAUUGCAGCCUAAUGCUGGUCUGAAAGCCAUAUGCUACAGAGAUUGACUCUGCGCAUGGUCGUGCAACAGCUUCAGUAGCAUCUGUCGAGCAAUCAUGCCUCCUGUAACGCUUGUUACCCGCGAGGACGCGGAGCGAGAGGAGCUUGAACAUGAACUCCGAAGCCGGACGUCACGGACUGGGACUGCCUGCAACGUCCGUAUCGUUGCAGCACAUGGUUUGGACGACGUAGCAAGAGCAACUAGGAAGAGUAGAAAAGAUGAAAACCGGCCAGUCACAAGCGCGUUGCCAGAACCAGAAGGUUGCGUUCCAAAGUACGAAUUUCCUGACAUGAGCCCAUCUGUGGGCGAGGAACGUGAGCAGGGUCUGCAGGAACUGGCGAUGGAAUUGCGGCAGCAACAGCAGGGCAAAACUGGGUACACACUUUUGAAUCUGGAGAAGGGAUCCGCGCGGUCGGCCUGUUGGGGCGACGAGGCCGCUAUGGACGAACUAGUGCAGAAUUUUGACGAUCAAAUACGGCUUCGCGUGCCGGAGGCCAUCCGAAAUGUCGUGGCUUUUGAGAAACAGAGUUUUUCAGCGAAGGGCAGUCACGGCGGUCGCGUCUACCUGUUGGACAACAAGAAAGGACGAGCACCAUCAUCGAAAGCAGGCUCGUCGGCACCAAAGAAGUCGUUUCUUGGUUGCGUCAUGGUCUGUGAUCCCUACAUUUACCUCUGCAACUACAAGACCAUUUUCCGCCCGCGAAAUCUGAUCAUAGGCUACACGGGGACGGAGAAGAAGGGGGAAAACGCGAAAACCGCGAAGGGCUGCUUUGGAGACGGUUUGAAUUCGGCCCUGUCAAAGCUUCUGGAGAUGCAGCGCGACGUGGUGAUUAUCACCUGUGGGUUCGUCUAUACCUUCGGUUACGGCACGGCCGAUUCUGCGAAGGACGUUCAACAGUUGCGCUACAGCUUGUCCGACUAUGCGGCCUACAUGCGCGACAAGAAAGCCGAGCGCUCACGUCCGAAAGGCUUUAGCCGGGCGGCACAGCACGUCGAAUCCGCAAUCCCGCCAGAGUUGCACUUCGACAGCGCACAGGACACGUUGGUGCGCAUUUACAUCCCGCAGUUCGCGCUCAAUUACUCCCGGUAUCUGUUUUUCCUCCUCCCAAAGGAUUUGGCACCGGUGCGCACGCACCGAGAUCCGGAGGGAAGAAGGCAGGGGAAGGAGUUGGCGGCCUCUGCACGAAAAGCAAAAAGCUUCGGGACGACGUUACAAAACUCCUGUGCCAAGGCGGACGUUGUUGGCCGCUGUGAGGUUUUGACCGGAGAAGGUGCUUGCGGCGGCAUCUAUGUGAAGGAGAUGCGUGUGGUUGAGCCGCCAAGGCGAAGGACGAGCACCAAGGCAAAGUCCUGUACUUACGGCGACAACUUCCUCGGGCCCUUAAGCGCUUCUUUUGGCGGAAAUGACGCAACGAGCAAUCCACUGCUCUUCGGCUACAACCUGCUUGACUUCAAAAUGGAACAUCGUGACCGUCUUAACAGUUUGCGGGACGAGGUUCGGCGUGGCGCUGUGGCGCGUGCGUGGGCGAGCUUCUUGCAAAGCGACUGGAUUUCGCGCGAUGAGCGGGAGUCACUGGCCAUAAUGUUCCUGGAGAGGUUGCUCGCGUUUUUUCAGAUAUCGAAACCGAAGGACGAACCUCCAUCAGUAGAAGCCAGUAGCUCUGCUGUGCCUCCGAAUCAUACUACGAUCAAAGGUAGUGCGGCGAUUCCGUUUGAGCUUCGCGUGUUGUGUGAGGACAGAACUGACGAGACCGCGGUUAUUGUGCAGUACCUGCAGGAAGCAUUUCACAAAAAGUUCAAAAACGCCCUUCCGUUCUGCGUAAAAAAUGGUAGUCCUAGCGCAGCAGCAGGAGUGGCGGAUUCUGAAAACAGGGAGCGCCAGAUCAUCGUCGACCUCGGUAAAAUACCGAUCCCUGUCCCGGAUCAGCUGCAUCAGGUUUUGUCGGAAGGCCGGGAAUCAGCCGAGCGCGAGUACGAGCGCGCCUGCUUGCAAGAGCUUCAGGAUCACGCGCCCGUUUUGGAGGGCUGCGAAGCACCGGAGAUGCUUGGUUGCAGCGAAAACGCAUUUGGCGCGGUGCGCAGCGCCUUGGAGCAAGGUUUGCAAGCUGUUUUGCCGCCUGACGUGCUCGAGAGGAACCAGGUGCACUUGGAUAUCGUUUUCGGGCAAGCGACGACGGCGCAGUGCGUGGCACUGGUCAGUGGUCCGGAGCGUUCAGAGUUUCAAUUUAGCGGCUUCGGUUGGGAAGAGCUCGACGCGCGCGCUUUCCGAGUGGACGAAACGACUCUGGUGAACGGACGGCCAAUUUUUCGGGCAGAGCGGAACUUGAGGGAGACACACCAGCGGAUCGAGCUCUUUCUGUACUACACAAGGCGGAGCACCAACUUGUCGUGCGGUCCUGACGAACAACAAAAUUUCUCCAGCAACGGGAGUGGUGUCGGCUCUUACGCGAUACAGAAAUUUUCGCCGGAGAAUCUGCAGGAAGUGCGCAGCUUGACGGGUAUCGCGUUUUACCCCCUUGCAGAGCUCAUAGGGGAAGCGGAUUUUUGGAUCUAUGAACGCAGUUCGUGGCGAGUGCACUUCCAGAACAUUGGAAAGCAUUUUUCCCCUGCCCGACCCGUCGAGGCUUUCUCAUUUGUGGAGAAGAAAGUGGAAGUUGUCGCAACUGGACCAACAUCUGCUACUCCUGCUGCAAAAAAGAACUCGGCCCGCGAGCGAAUCGACAUAUUCGCCAAUUGGACGGCUUACAAAUCUCGGUUUCUAUUGCGCGAGAAGGAAAAAACCGCUGGAGUAGCCGGGAGAAGAGCAGAAGACGACACUGAUGAAAGCAGUUCCAGUUCAGACGCGGAGCAAGGCGGCCGCUUUGGGGAAAUGCACUGCUUUGUCAGCGAAAGCCUGAAAGCCGUGCGCAAGGGCUUUCAGAAACUGCGGAUACCGCAGCCGCAAUUUGCCGACGGCGGAGGUGACGACUGCGUUACAGUGAGCAACAUCAUUUUUCGGCAAAUCACAGAUGCGUGGAAAAAGAAGGCGAAAAACGCUACUGAAAGCACGCUUGAUGUGGAUCGUCGCAAGAGACGAGACAAGCAGACACAAACCGCAUCAUGUAAACUCGCCCAUGUAGCGUCGCAAGUAGAUGUAGAUCUUGAUGCACUUCCGGCACAGCUCUCAGCGCAGCAGCUUACUUCAUCGUCUGAGAGCUCCGAGAAGAAGGAAGCGCCUUCGCGAACUAGGUCGACAACCACAGUGACAGCAAGUGCGUCCGCUUUUUGUCCGACUCGGAAUCAGCGUGUCGGAGGACGGUUGAGCUGCAAACGCCACAAGCCUGCCUCGCUGGCACGACCGUCUGGGGCGGACGAGCGCCGGAGGGUUUUCAAAGGUCGCAACGGGUACUACCCAUUCAGUCCGGAGCGUCCUCGAGAGACGACGGCUUCGAAGCGUAAAUCCGUUUCGAAAAAGCGAAAAUCUUCAUCUCCUUCGAAGGAGAGAAGAAAAAAGAGAAAAAAAAGCGAAAAAGUCGAAGACGAGGACAGCAGUGGCGACGGCAGCAGUACAAGUAGCAGUGACAGCGUAAGCGACAGCGAGCCAGCUUCAAAGCGUCGAAAGAGAAGCCACAGCCGACGGAAGGAGAGAAGAAAGUCAAAAUCCGUCCGUCGGAGAGAGAAAAGUCGAAAAAGCUAUUCAAAAAAAAGAGCUGAAGUAGAAGUCAGCAAGGAAAAGUGCGGAAAAAUAAAGCGCACACACGCGGCGGCGGCCCGAGAUGACCAGCCUGCGCGGUCAGCCAUGUUGACCGAGGAAUCAAGCGAAAUAAAUGUAGCUCCUCCUGCUCCUGCGACAUUAGCGCCUCUAGUAUUGGAGCCCAACGAAGCUUCCGCAUCGUCUAACAGUAACAGACCAGCAGUUGUGCUUCUGGAACCUGCCGCGCAUACGGGCAUAGCCACGCCGCGGCACGACCGUAGAGGUGUGGACGGACCGGCAGUGUUACCGGGCACGCCGUCCUCUCCGCGGGCGCGACCAAAAUCUCCGGUCGUAUCGCCCCCACGCAUGGUGCCCCAGCAGGGAACAAGACUCGUGAAGUUCGGAGGGGUGGAGCUUGUUGCAAGGAAGAGCAACAUGAACGAUACGCCUGCUAGUAGACCAGGAGCAAACACAAAAGGGGAAAGCCGGGGCAAUGCUAGGAAGCACUACAAUGUGGACGACUACGACGCGAGGGCUACUUUUCGCGACCGCGCAAAUCACCACCACUACUACUUCCGAAAAUAGCGUAGCACUAUUCUUGCAAUCUAUCAUCACUACAUCAUCAUAUGAUAGAUGCUGGAACUACUGGAUGUUCCGCUUCUUGUGCCCGAUCCUGUGCAACCCGAAAACGCAGAGUCAAGAGCAAGAAAGAACAUGAUUAGGAUGGAGAUGAUGAAGAUGUCCUCAGUCAAGGCAAUAAUCCUUGAAAUAUUUCGGGCUGACGACGAGGAAAGCAAGCACAUAUAUGAAUAUGCGAACAU